AUGGACUUACAAACGUCUUCAGAACCGUCUCGCGUACGAAAGCCCCGCGUAAGAAAGUCCCGCGGUCGCGGUCUGCGGACAACAAAUGGCUGCAUUACAUGCCGGAAACGUCACUUGAAAUGUGAUGAGGUAAAGCCGAUUUGCGGUGCGUGUGCCAAAAAAGGCAGUGCCUGCGAUUUUCCCACAUCUCAAAGCCGGCUCAGGGCCAAAACCCCUCCGCCCUCGAACCAGUCAAUUUCAGUGACAUCGCCCCGGACACCAGUGCAGACUCCUUCUGCCCUGGGGACCAAUGAAAACUUUCCGACUACAAAUCAAACAUAUCAGUCGCUCUUUGAGCCAGAUGAGACCACCGGUCCGACUUGGCCUGGUUAUGAGGCGGACAAUAACCCUUCUCCCUCCGUUCAAGACGAUCAGUUCGUAGAGAGAGACCCCGUCCUGAGCCACAGCCCAGUAGCUUUUCAACAUGCAUUUUUGUCACCCUCAAAUGCAUCGACAGCUGCAUUACGAUGGUUCGGGCUUCUAGCGAAUGAUGCAGCCAGGGACAAUUUACAAGAUUCGACUGUCCAUCACUCCUGGGCGAACGAAAGCCUCUCGUUAGACGAUGCUAAUUCUGGGGGUCAGAACCCUCUUACAUCGCUUCAACGGGCGACUCGCGUGCUGGACAGCCCUGCUGCCUAUGCGGAUCAUGAUCCAACCCAGGUUGAUGCUUCAGGGAAUAGCACACUGGUAGCAGGGGGGCAGAUUUGGCAGUCGCGGGAGCCAAUCCAGCUUUUGACAACUGAAACGAAGUUACUAGAACAUUUUAUAAAUCGCGUCAGCCCCUGGAUAUAUAAUGCUGGCCUUAUGAAUGCUAUAAUAGCUCUUUCAUCUCGACAUCUGGCGUUGAACCCCAAACUCGAUGAUCAAAAUAUGCCAAAAAAGGACGAACAGGCUCUGCAAUAUUAUUACCAGACCCUCCACUAUGUGCAAAAAGCCAUGAAGUACUCUGGCUAUAAAACGAGCCUGGAGCUCCUUGCAACCACACUCAUAAUUUCUGCCUACGAGAUGCUCGACAACUCCACAAAAGAUUGGGAGAGGCACCUUGAAGGUGUAUUUCUCAUACAGAGAUCCCAGGUCAUCCAUGGCGAGUCCGGAGGGCUACAUUCGGCGGUUUGGUGGGCAUGGUUAUGUCAGGACAUUUGGGCAGCCUUCCGCGAGAAACGCAAGACUCUUACAUUUUGGGUUCCACAGAAGCCCCUUUCUGUGCUAUCGCCUCACGAACUUGCCGCUCGAUCAAUAUACAAUACUGCAAAGGUGAUCAGCUAUUGCGCUGAUAUCACAACCCAGGCAAACAUUCUACGGCGAAUUGACGAGGGGAUUCAUCUUGACAACGUGCUAGAUGAAUGGCAUAAACAUCUGGCCAUUGAAUUCUCACCACUGCCAUUCAGUGGAAGCUCGCACUCAUAUUGUCCGGCGAUCUGGAUCCGGCCACCUUCAUUUGCUGUGGCUGUACAAUUUUACAACGUCUCAAAACUUUUAUUACUCGCGCACGAACCCAACUUGGGCGGUAUAGACCAACACCUCGAGCGGCAGAGCAGAAUCAAGGGCCACACAGAGAAUAUUUACUCUAUUGCGCUGACACUUACAGACAAUCCAUCAAGUGUUAUGUCAUCGCAAGCUUUAUACAUCGCGGGUCUCUUUACUAUGGACUUAGGGGCCCGGGAUCUUAUAAUAGAACUGCUGGACUCCUCCCGAGAGCGAAGUGGAUGGCCAGUCAAGUCGUUAGGUAAAGAGCUAAAAAGGUUCUGGGAAUGGGAGUAUCAAGGAACUACAACGGGCGCAGAAGUUACGGACUUUUCAACUCGGGUUUUUCGAUGA